UCAGUGGAAUUCGAGAAUUGUGAAGCUGAGGAGGAUGAACGGAGGAGGCAGAGACGCAGAGGAGAAGGGCUUGUUAUGGAAGCUGCCGCAGCUUAAAUCGAAUCAACUCGGAAAGCUCGGACCUGCCUUCGGCGUCGGCGCCGGCUGCGGCUUUGGUUUCGCCUUUGGUCUCCUUGGAGGUGCGGGUUUUGGUCCGGGAAUCCCGGGCCUGCAGCUCGGAUUCGGGUUCGGAGCUGGGUGCGGCGUUGGUGUGGGUUUUGGGUAUGGCGUCGGCCGAGGGAUCGCGUAUGAUGACAAUCGGAAAUACUCUAAUGUUGACAAGGCUUUUCACAGCUUCCGAGCUCUCCCCGCACAGGAUGAAAUCAGCGGCCUUGUUGACGAGCUAGUAGUGAAUACGAAAAAGCUAAUUCGAGCAACUUCCAGGGAGGUGAACAAGUGGCGAGGACAGGGAUUUGAUUAAGUUAAAGCAUUAGUCGAGCUGAUGAACUUGCUUCGGAUGUAUAUGUAUAUGUAUAUGUAUAUGUAUAUGUAUAUAGGAUUGUGUUAUUUGGCCCCUUCACCUAGCCUUGUGCACUCUCAUUUUAUUCCAAGUUUAUCAAGGCAAAGUGGAAACUAUAUUUCAA